AUGAUGAAAGUAAGCCGUUCAACGCCGGUGAUCCUUCAUCCCUCCGAACCAACUCCAACGGCCCCUUACUUCCUCUCAAAUCUCGACCAAAACCUAACAGUUCUCAUCAAAACCUUCCACUGCUUCCCCUCAACCGCUCGCCGGAGCAUCACCGGUGGUGACGACGACAACCACAUCAGUAAUAUCCUGCGAACCUCCCUUCAAAAGGUCCUCGUCCACUUCUACCCUUUCACCGGCCGCCUCUCCAUCGCCGCCGACCGGAAGCUCUUCGUUCGAUUCGGCGACGAUGAUGGCGUGCCGUUCGUCGAGGCGACGGCGGAUUCAUCGCUCGAGCAGCUCGGAGACAUAUCCGAUGCUCUAAACUCAGAGAAUCUAUUACAGCUCGUUUAUUCCCCUCAGCCCUCUCAUGAUAUUCUACAGCUACCGUUAUUGGCCGUACAGUUGACCAAAUUCAAAUGCGGCGGUUACUCAGUAGGCCUGACUGUAAACCAUUCAAUAGCUGACGGCGUAUCUAUCGUCAGAUUCCGUCGGGCUUGGGCUAAAACGGCUCGCGGAUCGCCGUUAUCUCAGCCGCCGCCCUUUCUGGACCGUUCGAUCCUACGCGCCAGUCAAACCCCGGAGUUCAAAGUCAGCCAUCCAGAGUACGUUGACCUCGCCCCCUAUACCUCCGAUGCAUCGGAUUCACUCUGUGUCCGCCGCUUUGUAUUUGAUCCCGCUAAGCUCUCCCGCUUAAAACAGCUCGGGUCAACUCCCGGCGGAGACCGGCCGAGCACCUUCACUUCGCUGGUCGGGUUCAUCUGGUUCGCCCGAACCAAGGCUCUGAAUAUCCCCUCGGUCGAACCGAUUAAGUUGCUCUUUGCGGUGGAUAUUCGGAACCGGGUCGAGCCGCCCCUACCGCAAGAGUACUUUGGGAACGGGUUCGUUCUCGCUUGCUGCCUCUGCCCGGCUGGGUUGCUGAUGAACCGGCCUUUAAAUCAUGCGAUCGAAAUGGUGGAAGAAGCGAUUCAGGGUGUCACGAACCGAUUUGUUCGUUCAACGAUUGAUUUCUAUGAGUUAACUCGGGCUCGACCGUCAUUAGCCGGGACAUUCAUUAUUUCUAGUUGGACCCGGUUGGGCAUUGAGCCGAUGGAUUUUGGCUGGGGUUCAUCGGAUCAGGUCGAGUUGGCUGAGUUGUUCGCACCUGAGUUGGCCGUUUUCCGAACUUAUGGUAAGGGGGGUGAGAGUAUAUCCAUAACUCUUGCUCUUUCUUCACCAACCAUGCAUGCUUUUGAGAAGAUGAUGGAUUUUUAAUUGGUAGUUCUUGUUUGUUAGAUAAUCUGGAUGAUGUAUGUGCAGACAAAGAUGUGGAUCGCAUCAUUCCGUUGAAUGCACAGCACCCUGGUGCGAUGCACAUAAUCGUCCGCAUAUCUGAUUAACUAGAUAUAAUAUAUUCUAUGUUUGUUAGGCCUCACACACAUUUAAGACUCAAAACGACUAUUUGUAAUUGUUAUAUCUAUUCGUACAUAUGUAUCUUG